ACGAAACUUACUAAUUUUGUUAGAUCUGUUAAUUAACAUUUUUAUUUAUUACUUAUAAAAUAAACUAUAAAGACUUAUAUCUUUUCUGACUAUAUUGAUGCGAGUCUGAGAAUUUGCUUUGGCUAUAAAAAUAAUUUGUUUUCGCGAAAAAGUGACAAGGUAGCCGGAUAAAGGAUAUUGUUUGGAUAUAAAAAUAAAGAUUCACACAGUAAUGGAUAGAGUUGGAGACAUGUGUAUUUAUAUAGGUGACAGAGAAGACGCUGAGUCACUACAAAAUAGCAAUGAAGCUGGAAUUACACAUAUCGUUACCGUAGAUAAAUAUCCAUUGAAAUGGAUAGAGGAGAAUGGAAUAUUUAGGUACCUGUACCACCAAUGUCUUGAUAUGGAGACUACAGACUUAUUGUCACAGUUUAAACACAUGUUUAACUUUAUUGAUGAGGCAGACAAACAGAAUGGAAAAGUUUUAAUUCAUUGUCUUGCAGGUAUGUCACGUAGUUCUACCAUAGCUGUGGGAUAUUUAAUGUAUAAGAGCAAAAUACCUCUGGAGGUGGCUAUGCAUAUAGUGAAACAGUAUAGGAAAAAGAUAAAACCAAACGAAGGAUUCAUGAGGCAGUUAGAGCUGUUUGAACAGAUUGGGUUUUCACUAGAUUCUAAUAAUGCGGCUUAUAAACAGUACAAACUUGAAGUGAUGGCUCAAAAUAUACAGACAGGUGGUAUAGAAGUUAAAGAAAGUGACCUUGCUGAAGAUGUCGGCACAAAUAAAACAGAGAAUUACUACAGAUGUAAGAAAUGCAGGAGAGCGUUAUUCAAAAGUUCCAGUCUCCUACCUCACACAGAAGGUCAAGGUGAGGCAGCAUUUGACUGGCGUAGUAAAAUUCCUGCAAAUAAGCGACCAGCCUGUGAUACAGAUGAAAAACAAGAGGACACAGUCUGCAGUAGAUCUUUGUUUAUAGAACCAGUCCAGUGGAUGGCAGGAUUUGUGAAUCAGCUAGAAGGCAAGGUGAUGUGUCCAAAGUGUGAUUCCAAACUUGGCUCUUUUAUCUGGUAUGGUGAAAGAUGUCCAUGUGGAACUUGGGUUGCUCCAGCAUUUCAUAUUCAAAGUUCAAAGGUCGAUUUUAUAAAGCCACGCCCACCAGUUGUAAUGAACCAAUCACAGAGCAACAUAAGCUCAAUGCCUUCAAAUUACACACCUCCAGGAUCUAAAGACAAUGGCCAGGCAGAGAUUACAAGUCCAACUUGAUACAUUUAUUAGAAUGUAAAAAACUAAACUAUUUUUAGGAAUAAAAUGUGAUGUUGCUUCCAACAAUAAAUUAUACUGGAAUGUCA